GAUAAACGUGUAGAAUAAUAUUUCUGCAGAAAAAAUCAAGUAUUACACAAGGAAGAUAAGUAUGCGAUCAGUGAAUUAUAACAUUGAAAGAUUUUAAAACUUUGGAUACAUAAAAUGGUGGAAGUGAAAGAAAAUGUACGAGAUUCUCCCAGAAUGACAAAGAACGAAAAGAUUGUAAAGACCGUGUUUCUUGUUUUGGUCUGGGUUUGUUUGGGCUUGUAUUUAGAGAUAACCGGUCCAACCCUGAUUGAUCUGAAGAUUCGAACAGGGGCUGACUAUGAGGAAGUGGCUGUAGCUGUCUCCGGUCGGUCAGUCGGGUAUUUCAUUGGCUCGGCAAUAGGGGGAGUUCUUGUGGACCGUUUCCUUAGUUACUGUGAUCUAAUGAUUGGCAUUUGUCUAACUGGAGGUGCCAUUGCAACCGUGUUUGUCCCCUGGACUCCAGUCGUUGAGGUUCUAUGGUUUAUAAUAGUUCUUCAAGGGACUUUCGAAGGAGUUAUUAAUAUAGCUGGACAAAAGCUAAUACUUUUAUUAUGGGAGAAGAAAGCUGCAUCUCCCCUGCAUAUUCUUCACGGCGGAUUUGGCAUUGGAUCGUUCAUUAUUCCACUUAUAUCAAACCCAUUUUUGGCCGUACCUAUGCCUCCAGGGAACGUCACAAGUGUACCAAACUCAACAGUUGAUAUCUUAACCCUACCAGAACAGAACUCGUACAAUCUUACGUCAUCAACUUCGAUUAUUCCUGUAAAUAAAAGUUUCAACUUUGAAAAUGAGAAAAAAGUGAAUAGCAUUAUGUAUAUUAAAGAAUCUAGAAUAGAGUUCCCAUAUCUGAUUUCUGGUUUACUAACAUUGGCUUUAUCCACCGUGUUUUAUGUGUACCAAGCAAAGGGAUAUAAAUUCACAAGAACCGACCAAAAUAAGGGAUGUAAUGGCAACAGAAGUACGACCUUCGUGAAACGCUGCAAGACAUUGAUUAAUCCAGCGACAUGUGCAAGAGGCAGGCUUUUGUAUGGCAUAGAAAUAUUUGCUGUAUUGUUUAUCUAUUACUUCAAUAUCUUAGGCGGAGAACGUAUUUUAGGAAAAUUCAUUCGUGCGUAUUCAAUAGAACAGCUUGGGUUUUCUGUACGUGAUGGGAGCUAUAUAAAUACAACAUUUUGGAUAAGUUUUGCAAUAGGACGAAUAACUGGUUUUUUUACAGCAAGAUAUAUUCCUAUUAGAAUUCUGAUAUUAAUUGAAACAGGCGGUGUGUUUGUGUGUUCGGUUUUGUUGUGUAUUUUUGCUGGAGACAAUGCUACUGCACUAUGGGUUUUGGUACAACCACUAGCGUUGUUUCACGCGCCAUGUUUCCCAUCAGGAAUUGGGUGGGGAGAUUUUCAUGUAGAGAUGACAGGUUUGGCAAUAACGUUUGUAUUAUUGGGUGGAUCAAUUGGUGGGGUGGCAUAUCUGAAGCUCACUGGUUAUUUGUUUGAGACAUAUGGCGCACAUGCCUUCCUGUAUCAUGUUCUAGGAUAUGGGAUUGCUUGCUUUACCCUAGCAAUUCUUCUUGACAUUAUAGGCUCACAAUACGGCAGCAGAUUCGAGUCGAAAAAGAAAUCAGAAAAACAACUCGAUCAAGAAUUAGACGAUUUCACCGAAACUGUAGAAAACGUACAGGAAAAACAAUUACUCCAGGCAAGAUCUUGUGCUGACGAGGGAAUAUGACUGAUCAGAUUUACUUUUGAAGUGUUAUAUGAUACCAUUGUUAUACAUGACAGGUCAUAACCAUCUUUUAUUUACUCCUCCUAAUAUAGUAUUUUUCGUUGUUCAUCAGUUUCAAAAUUAAAAGCAUAGGCUAUAGUUCAUCAGGAAAUAAAUGUUGACAAACAGAUGCUUAUGGAUAGAGAUGAUCACAUUAAAUUGAUGUCAGGAGUUAAAUUUUAUCUGAAAUUUCGAAGGAGUGUGCACAUGUUAUAUAUAUAGAUAUCUGUUAUAUACGGAAUGAUACAAGUAGUAUGAACUAUUAAGAGUGUAUUCAGCUCACGGGAUGUCAGUACUUAUGCCAAAAAGAAGUGAAAUUAUAAAUUUCUUGAAUUUCCUUUUAUCCACGAAAAUAAUCUGUGAUUAUCAAAUUCUGGACACAACUUAAAGGUCUAUAUAAAUUUAUGUUUUAAUUAAACACAUGCUAUUUACAUUUAAUAAGCAUGAUUUAUAUACUUUACUAAACGACUAUGAUGUUUCAUUACUUAGAUCCAGUUUGUAACUUUAAAAAUAACUGUAAAAUGUUUAACCGCUUCAGGUGUCAGAUACUCCAGCAUCACAAUCAAACAGGUUUUUUUUUUUAAAAAUUAUUUCAUGAAGAGAAGUAAAAUAUAAAUUGAAAUUAUAUGUUAAGGAUAUGUUAUAACUGUUUUAUCGCAUGAUAAACAGAAUUGAGAAUUUUAAUAAGCAUAAUGUUUAUUAAAAUUCUCAUUCCUGUUUAUCAUGCGAUAAAACAGUUACAAUAUAUCGAACUCGACUAUUAUGUAGAAAUAUCAUGGCCUGGGCCGGCAUCUCGGGUUUUCCUUACAGACAAUGUUCUCGGCCAAUAUUCUGUAAAGAAAAACCUUCGAUGUCGCACCAGGUCAUGAUGUUUCCACAUAACAUUCUGGUCGCUAUAAGCCUAUAACUAUAACUUGUGCAAUCUUAAAGUGAUAAAUAUUUUUAUCAAUGUAAACAUUAUUAUAGAAACAUAUUAUAUGACACGGUAGCUUUACAAAGUUCAAUAUUUUUAGUUUGGCUUGUCCAAGUUACAUAUCCUUUAUUAGCGAAUUGUUUAUCGUAUGAGUACUAUCCGCUCUGCGUUAACAUGUUCACGUUCUCGGGCUUUUUGGUAUUUCUAAUGCUAGCAUAAGCUAGUAAGCCCUGUCAUUGUGGUGAUCAAAUACACUUAUGUUACUA